AUGUUCCCCGGUAACGGCAGGUACACUUACGGUCAGAACAGCAACCAGGGGUAUCAAAGGCCUGGUGCCCCACCUCCACCUGGGGGUUACUACGGCAACAAUGGUGGAUCCUCUUAUUCGAGGCCACAGGGGAAUUCGCCCUCCGGUUAUAGACAGGGCGGAUACGAUAGGCCAUCAGCUCCCCCACCGAUAUCCCAGAACAACCCGCCUCAGAGUAUGAAUCCAGAGUACAGCGGUGCCCCCGGUGGGUAUGCGCAACCUUCGUACUUGCAGGCACCACCUCAAGCAACACAGUCUUUCAACGUCCAGGAUUCGAACCAGGCGUACAGCUACUCGCAGUGUACUGGACAGCGGAAGGCGCUGAUUAUCGGGAUCAAUUACAUUGGGUCGAAGAACCAGUUACGUGGGUGUAUCAACGAUGCACACAACAUCUUUGAUUUCUUGACUUCAAGGUACGGAUACUCUCGUGACGACAUUGUGAUGCUGACGGAUGAUCAACAGAACAUGGUUUGUGUGCCAACGAGGGCCAAUAUGAUUAGGGCCAUGAACUGGCUUGUCAAAGAUGCUAGACCUAACGACUCGCUGUUCUUCCAUUAUUCUGGACACGGUGGGUUAACAAAGGAUCUGGACGGCGAUGAGGAGAGUGGGUUCGACUCUGUCAUCUAUCCUGUCGACUUUGAAAGUGCCGGUCAGAUCAUAGACGAUGAAAUGCACGACAUCAUGGUGAGACCAUUGAGCCAAGGUGUGCGUCUGACCGCAUUGUUCGACUCUUGCCAUUCUGGGUCAGUUUUGGACUUGCCCUACACAUACUCCACAAAAGGUGUGGUUAAGGAACCAAAUAUGUGGAAGAAUGUUGGUUCAGGUGGUCUUCAAGCGGCCAUGGCGUAUGCCUCGGGGAACAGAACCGCACUGUUCAGUUCGCUCGGGAGUAUUGCGUCAACGGUUAAGGGGUCCGUGGGUAACAACGUGGAUAGGGACAGAGUUAGGCAGAUCAAGUUCUCUCAAGCUGAUGUUAUUAUGUUUUCCGGUUCGAAAGACGACCAAACUUCCGCCGAUGCGGUUGAGGACGGCAAGAAUAUAGGGGCAAUGUCGUGGGCCUUCAUCCGGGCCUUAAGUAAUCAACCACAACAGUCGUACCUUUCCCUUUUACAAAAUAUGAGACAAGAGUUGAUCACUAAGUACUCGCAGAAACCUCAGCUCUCGGCAUCCCAUCCUAUCGAUGUCAAUUUACAGUUUAUCUUUUAA